AUGCUUUCCGACAAAUCAACUAGUGAAUAUAUUAACGUCGUCGUCAAACUUGCUGAACCUACAAGUGUUUUUGAAUUACAUAAACUAGCUGCUCGAUUGGCUGGAAAACCAGCUUUCAUUUCUACAACCGAUGAAAAUCAAGAUGUCUUUCUAGCAAUCAAAGAAAGUACAACUUUCAUUAAACAAUACUGCCAUCAACAAUGGCUAAAAGAAUUAAAUUAUCAAUGGAAUGGUGAAACUACACAUCCUUCUGAAUCAUCGCAAGCUGGUGCUUUAGAAGACAGCAUUCUUUAUGAUGCAGAUAUUACAAAUUUCGAUUUUGCUGGAUAUUUAAAGACCAAGUUCGACAACUUAACUUUAUCUUCUGCUGAAGUUGAUCAGCUCAUUAAAGGUAUUGUAGAUCUUAUCAAAUCUGAAGGUUCUACCGUACAUGACUCUUGGAAAGGACAAUACAAGAAAUUCGAUUUACAAGACAAAUGUUGUGAUUUUUAUUUCACUGACACCACAAUUCCUGAUAAAAAUGGAACUCCAAUUUUAUUAAUGUAUUGGUGUGCUUGUUUCUAUUAAAUUAAAAAUUAAACGAGUAAAAAAAAAAAUUAAAUGAUUAAACUUUUAACCCAUUACCUGUUAUACAAUUU